AUGCUCGAUAGGAAACCCUACCACGGAUUCUCGCGCAAGCUUGUGCUGGCAUUUGACGUUGGCACGACCUUUAGCGGGGUGUCCUACUGUAUCUUGGAUCCAGGAUACGUCCCAAAAACGCAAGGGGUAUCAAAGUAUCCUGGGCAGGUCGUAGGAGACGCGAAGAUCCCUUCCAUUCUCUACUACGACAAGAACCGCAAGGUUUGUGCGAUUGGCUCCGAGGCUGAUCAAGAGCAAGUUGAAGAGAAAGCUGAGGACGAGGGAUGGACCAAAGCUGAGUGGUGGAAAAUGCACCUCCGGCCCAAGCACCUCUCCUCUGCCCACAUAAAAGAAAACGACAUCCUGCCUCUGCCCAAUGGAGUUAACGCCGUGCAGAUUCUCGCCGACUUUAUGGCAUACCUUUUCCGCUGCGCUAAGGCAUACAUCAGAGAACACGAAGCCGACGGCGCGAGCAUCCUCACCUCUGUCGCGGAUCGCAUCGACUUCGUGCUCUCGCACCCAAACGGGUGGGAGGGCCCGCAGCAGGCGCAGAUCCGCCGUGCGGCGGUGCUAGCAGGCCUGAUCCCAGACUCGGCAGAGGGCCAUAAACGUAUCACGUUCGUUACGGAGGGUGAGGCGAGUCUCCAUUACUGUAUAUCGAGCAUGCUUGCUUCGGAUGCGUUGUCCAAGGUUGUCAUAGAGAAGUCCGAUGCGAACGACGAGGAGGAUGCUGAGGACGAUAACAAAAAAGGCGUUAUCAUUGUCGAUGCGGGGGGCGGGACAAUCGACCUCAGUGCCUAUUCAAUGCACCCGGGAACACAGUCUGGCAAAGCGUUGUCGUUCGAGGAGAUUGCGCCAGCAGAAUACAAACUCAAGGGGUCGCGCUUCGAAGCCAAUACCUAUAUCAAACAAAUGACGCAUGUAUUCGACAAGACGACUAAGCAUGUAUUCAGGGACGCUAGUGAACCAUGCUACCUUAAAUUCGCUAGACCCAGGAUCAAGGAUCUCGAGCACGGUAUACGUGGAGGCCAACUCAUGCUCGACGGGAAUGAUUUGGCACCACUUUUUGAUCCUGCCGUAGAAUCAAUCGUCGAGGCCAUCGAGCAGCAAAAACUUGCUUCUUCAAAGCACAUUGCUUUCAUCUUCCUUGUAGGCGGCUUUGCCGCCAACAAUUACCUAUUCAAGCAGUUGCAAGGUUUCCUCGCACCGACUGGUGUCUGCCUGAGCCGACCAGACCCGCACCUGUACAUGUAUUUCUUGGCUAAUUGA